ACAAAUAUCUCUUUGUGUAUGUAUGUAUGCAUUUCACCUCACUCAACUUUGUGUGUAAUUUGUCUUCGUGUCGCCCUUACUCCUAUUUUCCAUUUAGAAACCAAUGUUAUGUAUUAAAAGUCUUGUAUAAAUCAUGAUUUAACCGAAUAACGAAUUUGUAGAACGUUUAUUUACUGUGACGAUGAGCUUAGUAUGUAAGAUAAAUUGCAUAUUUGCGUGAGGCUUCAGUCGUCACGGAGUUGUAGCAGGGGAAGUUUGGAGAAUGUCGGGUGCAAGCACCGACCUGUGAUGUGGUCUUGUUAGAGGGUAGUUUUAAGAUGAUGGAAUACUAAUCGCCUAGUGUCAGUUUGCCGCGUUGUAACCAGGUGCGAUGGAUCCCUCUAUCUUUCUGCAAUAUUCUCCCCCAAAUGGGCUUCCCCAGGAAUCAAAACUAGCAACGUAUAUGACCCUUCAGAAUGGACCCGUUCCACAAUACACAACACAUUACGUACCACAUCUGUCUAUCUACCCCAUUGUUAGAAGAGAGGAGGUUGAAGAGGCGGAGGAAUUAGAGAGAGAUUUACGGAACCGUUCUACGUCAACCCCCACAAGGUCCCUGAACCAGGCGAUGGGCAAGCUGAGUUUGGAGUCAUCCCCAACAGCCAUUAAAAAACCUUUCCCGCAGGUCCUGAUAGGGGAGUUUAUGCCUGUGAACUAUUUCACGCCAUUCCUCCCUGACUCCCCGGAGAGCUCUCCCCCCUCCACCCUGGCUAAUCUCCAGGGGAACCUCCAGGGUAACCUCCAGGGAAAUCUCCAGGGAAAUAUUCCAGGGAAUUUACAGCAAAAUACCCAGCAAGUACAUCAGGAGAAUGUCGGCGGCACGACGUAUUUUUAUUCCACAAACGACAGCAUGAACUCGACCGGCGGGCUCAAUGCUUCUGCACCUAUGGGUCAGCCGGAGCAAUGCCUAGGCGUGGUGGGGCAGGGGCCGGCGGUGCCGUCCCCGUACGCCACGCAGAUGUAUGCAGGCACACCUACACACAUGGGACCCAUAACGCAGACCAAGCCUGGCCUCGCAGCGACAUUCUACAUGCCCGAGACCAUUCGCCAGGAGAUCUACCAGCGGAAUGAAGAGGUGUUCCUGCAGACGGACCUGCGGCAGUUCCCUGAUCUACCAGAGAAUGUCGAGAUGUAUUCAGAGCUGACGCCGAUCGAGUGCACCCCGCACUCUCUAGCCACAUCCUACCGCGCCACGCAUCGCCAGAGCGGCGAACACUACGCUCUGCGCCGCCUACAUUCGUACUCGAAUGUGGCCACCAAGCGGCUCGAGAUGUGGAAGAAUAUCGACCACCCGAACGUCGUGCGGCUCCACGAGUGCUUCACCACCAAGGCGUUCGGUGAUCACUCAAUGGUGUUAGUAUACGACUACCACCCGGCCUGCGUGACCGUCAUGAACAAGUACCUCUCCGGCGGGAGCUCGGCCCCCGGCGAGGGGAACACCUUUCACGACCCCUUCAGCUCCGACCCGGACGCGCCGCGCCCCUACACACACCAGAAAAACGCCAUGCUGCGUGCAGUGGCGUGCGGCGCUCUGCUUCCGGAGGCGGUGCUGUGGAGCCUGCUCGUGCAGCUGACGGCCGCGCUGCGCGCCAUCCACACCGCCGGGCUGGCGUGCAGAAACCUGGACCCGACGAAGGUGGUAAUGAACGGGUGUCGCGUGCGCGUGGCCUGGUGCGGCGUCGCGGACGCGCUGCACACCAACACCAACGACGUGGGACAGGCGCAGCAGGACGACCUGACGGCGCUCGGGCGCCUCGCGCUGGCGCUGGCCUGCCGCACGGUGCACUGCGACAACCUGCCCGCCUCCAUGGACCUGGUCGCGCGCACCUACUCCGCCGAUCUCAAGAACCUCAUACUGUACUUGCUGUCGACCUCGCCCGCCCGGCGGUCCGUCACCGACCUCAUGCCCAUGAUCGGAGCCAGAUUCUACACACAGGUGGAAGCGCUGGAGCGACGAGCGGACGCGUUCGAGGAGCAGUUGGCGCGGGAGAUCGACAACGGCCGGCUGCUGCGCAUCCUGAUCAAGCUGGGCGUGGUCAACGAGCGGCCCGAACUGAACAUGGACCCAGCGUGGUCCGAGACCGGCGACCGCUACAUGCUGAAGCUGUUCCGCGACUACCUGUUCCACUCGGUGGGCGCGGACGGCCGGCCCUGGCUCGACUACUCGCACCUGGCGCACUCGCUCAACCAGCUCGACGGAGGCUCCUCCAACCGGGUGGAGCUGAUGUCUCGAGACGAGCAGAGCGUGCUGGUGGUGUCGUACGCGGAGCUGAAGCACUGCCUCGAGCAGUCCUUCGAGGAGGUCACCCAGGCCUGCAGCUCGCACCUCGCCAACUAACCACAGA